AUGACCACAGUGGCGCUCACUUUCGAGACCCUCAAGCAGAUCCCCAUUGCCGACCUCGCUCCGGCUUCUGACCAUGCUUCGUCUUCGUCCUACAUUCUAGCUCAAGUUGUGCUGGUCUGGCCCUACUCUAGCUCGACUGGCACGCUUGCCCUGCUUCUGGCAGAUACUGAUGUCCGACGGCGCAAAUCCAAAGGUCAGGUUAAAGUCGUCUUCCGCCAUGGGUGUGCGCGAGAAGUGGCAAGGACAAAAGUCGGCAUUGGUGAUACAGUCAAGCUCGUGUUAGACGGAUGCAAAUGGACAGAGACGGGCGGCCUGGUUUCCACUCCGGGUAAGAAGAUAGAUUGGGACCUAGAAUACUGGAAACAGGUGAUCUUGCAAGUGCACCGGGACGGUGACCUCCAUUCUACAGUCGACUAUAGAGCGAAUGAAUCCGAUACUUCCUCCGCAGAUAGCCCCAUUGCGCUGGUCAAUGGCGCAUACAACACUCGUCCCUCCGUGAACGGAGUUCUGCAUCGGCAGCCGAGUACGAUCCAUGUCCCGUACUUAACACCACAAAAGCCAGGUCGAAGGGUCUCCGCAGGUACAUUUAUCGAUGCCGCUCUGCACUCUCUUGUUGAAGAUGACGGAUACGUCCCUGGCCAAGGACGGAAGCGAACCAAGUUCGCGAGGAAGAGCGGAGCAUGGAGCCUCGUGGACUCGGACGAGGAGUCAGAAGAUAUUUCGCAGUCACAGGUCAACGCCGGCCAUGUCGAGCAGCAACAAGGCCUGACACACGAAGAAAUCAAUCCGACGGCGGAGCCCUCUGACCAUACAGAACAGGAUCAUAUGCCAACUGAAGAGACCAACUUGACGGUGGAAACCUCGGAGCAUACAGAGCAGCACCCGAUGGCAUCCGAAGACAUCGAGCAUGAGCGGACAGAAAACCUGCCUGCCAACAUCCUGCAGACUCCUGACGUGGAUGUUGUUGAGAGCGCGAGCGGACCUCCGCGUAGCAAUUCAGAGGAGUCAACUUCCAUACCCCAACCAGUGGUCAUGGGUCCGCCUUCAACACCGCACAAAGCCACGCAAUUGCAUCUGCCACCAGGAGAGAUCGACGUGUCUCAAAUCAGCUCUGAGCAUGACGCUGCAACUACGCCACGGCUGCUACCUCUCGCAUCGCCAGGGUUGCCAUUGGUCUCUCCUCUAGUCCAGAGGUCGGGAGUGGAAGUGGGAUACUUCUCAGUAUUUCAUGGGGCUGCAUCUCAAUUAGAAGCUUCCGGUGAUACGCCAGCAGCCGUUGCAACGGAAGAGGCCAGGCCUGAGAGCGAGCUGAAUGCCGCAUCAUUACCGGGUUCUGAGGGCUCACUGAUGAUUGUAGAAGAAGUGUCUGUUCUCCAAAAGCGGUCGGCAGAUAUCGAGGCUGAGCCUGUUGGACGCUUAGAGCACACGAAGACUCUUGAUGGAGUCGUGAUAGAAACGGGAAAUGCGGUUGGUACGAGCAGCGCUGGGUACCAAGUACCCCAAUGGCUGUCAGUCCUGGAGUCAAAGAUCGAUGAAGAGCGCCUUCGAUCCCAUGACGAGGCGUCUUCAGAGAUAGCUCCUCAACUUCCUGACCCACGUAAGGCGGUUGAGGACGAGGAUGACGAUAUGUACGGGGCACCUGCUGAUAUGUCACAAACAAACGGGUUUGUGAUCAGUCCAUCAUCAUUCGAGCCGCCGAAGAGCCCGCUGGAUGUCCUCGAACAGUUCUUGCAGAUGUCUCCAGUUGCACCUACACGACCCUCGAAUGCCUUCGAACAAAUUGAUGUAGGCAAUGUCUCGAACAUUCCGAUUACGCCUUUGCAUGAAAGUAUGGAGGAGAGUGCAGCCGCGGACGGUCGGCAAGAGAAGACAUCGAUCCCUGCUUCCGAGAAGCCCAGAUCGGUUGCCUAUCCCGAGUCACAAUCCCCAUUCAGGCAGAACCGAGCUCAGCAAACAGGCUCUGGUACCUCUAGUCGUCGCUCGUCUGAUUAUCGCACGCGACUUCGGUCCCUAGAUGGCACCCUUGAGCCCAACGAACCUUUUGCAGACUACAUAAAUCAGCUUGCUCAAAUCGCCGCCACCGCAGGAAGCGUGCAGCCGCCUGCAGGGGACGCCGCAGCCGCAUACGGCGCGUCCCAGAGAGAUGCGGAUCCAGGACUCGACGUGCCACCAGCCGGCCUUUCAGCCCAAGAGCUGGGCAGUGUUGAGUCCUCCGGGGGUGCGGCAGAGGUCACACCACAAGCCUACGAGAUUGCAAACAUUGACACGUCCGAAGGAACGGAUCCACACUCUGCGACGCAGACCGUCAAGUUAGACGACCGAGAGGAGCAUAUAAUCAAUCAGUCAGUGUCUUUGCGCAGUCCCGAAGCUCAAGUGCAACUGCCAACACGGGAUCAGUCGCAACUGUAUCCACCCUCGCCUGAACGCAAUACUCGUCUCGAGCAGACCGAAGACGUGAAAGAAGUUACCGUCAUUGCUCUACCUACACCUCAACAGACGCAGGAAGAGGCUGCAGAGGAGGAAGUCAUAGAGCAAGCGGCUACGCAAGACAACUACGAGGAAGCUGCGCAGGACCCCCGAGAGAUUUCUUCGACGCAACAAGAGGAGGUAUCUGCACAGGUCAUCGCAGAGCUGGAAGCGCAGACCCAAGAAGAGAUAUCAACAGACUCUUUCCAGGAGGCUCCUGCUCAAGACGCCCGAGGGAAGACGCCGGUUAUUUUCGAGGAUCAGGAGAAGGAGGAGCCUGGUGAAGCGCUUUCGGCAAGCGCAACUCCUGCUAUGGCUCCCACGACCCCCUAUCUGCACCCUGACUCGGUCGUCCCUCGUCGAGCCUCCCAACGCCUUUCGGCAAGAAAGUCCACUAUGGCUAGCAACAUUUCUAGUCCGUAUUUUACGCCUCGUAAACCAGCUCCGGCGCCCUCAUCCUCACCAAACCGCAAAGAAAAUCUCCACCCAGCGUCGCCAGAUCGGAGCGAGUUGCGAUCAUCCCCUGUGCAAGAGAGCAGGAAGACACCCGUUGCAUUUACCUUGUUCCAAGAGACAAAGCCGAACGGCAUUGACAUCACGCCUAUCUCACCCAAUUUGCAGGCGAAGAGACCAACGUCCCACAGGCACAUAGGCAUCACAACUCCUCUCGCAUAUUAUGCGCACCUGAGUUCUUUGCAUGAGCAAUUCGGCCAGAUUCUAGACAUCAUUGCCGUAUGCACAGAACCCUCGGCGUCGCCGCAGAGAUCGAAAUCCGGGCCAAAAGACUACUAUACUACCUUACGCUUAGCUGAUCCUUCACUACUCCCUGACCAGCAUACAGCAGUAUCUGCCCAGAUUUUCCGGCAUGCCAUCAACGCGGUUCCUAUAACCACUAGCGGAGACGUCGUUAUCCUUCGGAACUUCAAGGUCCAGACUUCUAUGAGAAACUUCAUGCUAUUGAGCACGGAGACAUCUUCGUGGGCUGUGUUCCAGGCCAAACCCGGCUCAACUAUGAGUUGGUCGGAUGUUAUUGUAUCUGGUCCUCCCAUUGAGUAUGGUCCCGCCGAAACCAGUCGAGUCAAGCUUCUCUUCAGCUGGUGGAAUUCAGGUAGCAAGCAACUAUUUUCUCCGAGCACUUCAACAAAUGACCAUGAGCUCACUGGAGUCGAUUCCAGCGAACCGCGGAGCAGUUCUCCCAGACGCGAGAACGAUGGGCAACCUCCCGUGAGGGACCAACAUGUCAGCGACCGUCGGACCGCCAACAUGACUAGCGAAUUCGGCAACGAGGAUGCGGUGGAGAAUUUCUAUGCGUCUUUUGCGAACGGAGAUGACGGUGGCGUGAGAGAGGACACUGCUGACGGGGAAACUGCACAUGCUGUUCUUGAAACUCGCGCCGAUGGAGAUGAAAUGAAGAUGAUUGACGACACUGUCGAAGAAGCCGAGAUCAACGUUCGGCCUGCUCAGCGGACGAGCAGGCGCAAGGCCAACAGGACUGAUCACAUGGGCAAUGAAGACGACGAAGACGUGAGCAUGAUAGGGCAGGAUCGCGAGAAGAGCGCACCUCUGAUAGACGCAACCAACCAGCGCAGGCGAUCCACCGUGUCCAUAGCGGCAUCAGAGCCCGGCAGAAGCUUGACUCCACGACGAAGCACUAGACAAAAACAUAGGAAGUCGCCUAGUUUGGUGCACGAAUUGCGUGAUGGGACCAAGUACGUCGACGAUGAUCGAAGGAAAAGCGGAAGUGUCGUGCAUGAACUGAGGGAUGGUGUUACUUAUGUUGAUUAA